AUGGGCGCGCUGGGCCGGGCCCUGCUGUGGCUGCAGCUCUGCGGUAAGCGGGGCGCGGUCUGCUGGGGGCCCGGGCCCGACAGGCCCGGAGGGUCAAGGUCCCCCGAGGGGUGGGCGGCGAGAGCCUGCGGGGCUGCGAGACCCGCCCCGGCCUCCCUGGGCGCAGAGGGCGCGACCCGGUCCCCCCUGCGCUGCGCAGCCCCAGCCGGCAAGGCGGGCGAGGGGCGCCAGCCCAGCGCUGGGGCCUCGGCUCCCGCCCUCGGGCAGUGGGCGCGUCUGCGGAGUGGGCCAGGCCUCAGUCCUGCCGCCUCCGCCGCCUGCCUCAGUUUCCCGUCCCCGAGGGCGCCGCUGACCCUCCCGCGUCGCACCCAGGCGCGUGUCUUCGGACACAGCUCCCUUCAGAGCCGCCCCCGGCCCCUUCUACCUGACAGAGGCUUCCGCCGCCCCUUUCACCUCCGCCCUCGGUUGUCGCCAUCCUUACCCGGCCGGGUCGUCCGCUCCAGCGCCGGGCUAACUGGGGGGUCUGGUCUGACGCGCGGACGGGCGAGGGCCUGGGUGCGGAUCGCCGCGGGGACCCCAUCUCGCCCCGGCUCUGUGACCCGCGCCGGCCUGUGUGGGCGAGGUCGUCCUCCCUGGGGGACGGCGGCGAACGGCGGGAACCCGGAUGCUGCGGACCCCGGGGACCACUCAGUCGCCCCCUCCCCAGCGCUGACCCGGGCCGCCUACAAAUUCUGGGUCCCCAACACCCACUUCGACGACGCCACGAGCUGGAGCCAGAACCGGACCCCGUGCGCGGGCGCCGCGGUCGGGUUCCCCGCGGACAAGAUGGUGUCCGUCCUGGUGCGAGGAGGUCACAGCGUCUCGGACAUGCUCCUACCGCUGGAUGGGGAAUUCGUUCUGGCCUCAGGAGCCAGCUUCAGCGCCCCAGACAACAGCUCGGACUCGGAAUGCAGCGCUGGCGCCCCCGCGCUCUUCCUCGAUCCUGACCGUUUCUGGUGGCACGACCCGAGCCUGUGGCGCUCCGGGGACGCGGCGCACGGCCUCUUCUUCGUGGACGCCGAGCGCGUGCCCUGCAGCCACGACGACGUCGUCUUCCCGUCCGACGCCUCCUUCCGUGUGGGCCUCAGCCCCGACGCCCGGACCGUGCGCGUUUGCACCGUCUGGGCUCUGGGCCAGACGUUCACGCGCGACGAGGACCUGGCCUCUUUCCUGGCGUCCCGCGCCGGCCGCCUGCGCUUCCACGGGCCGGGCGCGUUGAGCGUGGGCUCCGAGGCCUGCGCCGACCCGUCGGGUUGCGUCUGCGGCAACGCCGAGGUGCAGCCGUGGAUCUGCGAGGCCCUGCUCCAGCCGCUGGGCGGCAGCUGCCCCCCCGCCGCCUGCCACGACGCCCUCCGGCCCGAGGGGCAGUGCUGCGACCUCUGCGGAGCCAUCGUGUCGCUGACCCACGGCCCCGCCUUUGACCUGGAGCGGUACCGGGCGCGGCUGCUGGACUCCUUCCUGGCCCUGCCCCAGUACCAGGGGCUGCAAAUGGCCGUGUCCAAGGUGCCGCGCCCGACCCGGACCCGCGAGGCUAACGGCUCGGAGGCAGACACAGAGAUCCAGGUGGUGCUGGCAGAGACCGGGCCCGAGACGGGCGGCGCGGGGCGGCUGGCCCAGGCCCUCCUGGCGGACGUCGCCGAGCACGGCGAGGCCCUCGGGGUCCUGUCCGCGACGGCCCAGGAGUCGGGCGCGCCCGUCGGGGACGGCUCGGCGGCGGGACAGGAGGGCCCGGGGCCGCGCGCAGGGCUGGCCGGAGGAGUGGCGGCUGCGCUGCUCCUGUUGCUGUUGGUGCUGCUGGCGGGGGCGCUGCUGCUGCGCCGCGCGGGGAAGCUCAGGUGGAGGAGGCGCGACGAGGCGGCUCCCGCGCCGGCCGGGGCGCCCCUGGGCUUCCACAACCCGGUGUUCGACGCUGCACCCUCUGACUCUGCACCCCCACGGUCCCCAGCCCCGCAGGCGGACGCUGGGAGCAUCAGCUUCAGCUAUUUCGUGAACCCGCUGUUCGAGGCCGAGGCCUGAACUGCCGCGUGACCCGCCCGCCCUGCUCCUGUUGGGCGUCCCUGGCCCUGCGGGAUCCCCGCCCCCUCCUCAUCCCCCGCCCCGGCCAAGGAUAAAGUGGUCUUACCCAAUAAAGGGGUUUCCUGCA